AAAUUAGCGUGAGAUUUUCACUGGCUAGGCCUGACGGACAUACGAUUUACUCGAGAAAACUCGAAGUAUUUUUCGAGUUUGUCACCCCCUCUAUACUUUGCUCUUACUGUUAGUGUUGAUACCAGAAGCGGAGUACAUGGCAAUAUAGACAGCAUCCUGUAUUGAGUGGCGAGAUGGUAGAUGACCAUCACGACAAAGACAUGACGUUGGAGGAGCGCUUGGCAUGGCUUUGGGACCGGGGUAUCCAGGUGACAACUCCUGAGGAACGAAAAGUUUCUCAAAUGGCCAAUGUGAUGCGCCAGGCUGAUACGGUAUCGAACGCGGAGGUUUCGUAUGUGCUUAUUCCAGCAGAUACUUCUAAACCUCUGCAAGAGUUGAAUUUCCGACCCGACACUUUACCGGGUGAUAGACUUGUGGAACACCUGAAACCGGCGUUCGCUCGAGAAGCGCAAAGUGUUGACAUUGGCUUACUUCAACAACAAGCGACACAAACGCUGGCUGCUUCCCCGGAUACACCUAGCACGGUGUCGGAUGCCACCCUACGGCAAGUCGCUUCCGAAGCCAACGUCGAGACUUUUCAUUUGGUACAUGCGUCGGCUACGAAUCAAUACACUGACGUUGUAAUUUACUUGGAUGAAGUCGGCUUCAAUCCAGCACCCCAGUUUUACGGCGACAUAUUUAUUGGUCGCUUGCAGCGGAAGCCUACUUUGCGUCAUAAAUCGUUUGUGCUGGGAAUCGAUACUGCGCCGGAUGCACCGUGGUUGCAAGCAGCGACCUUGGAGAACCUCCAGCGUCAAAUGGAACUCAACCGAAUGACGGGACGCAGCGAUACACAAUUAGCAGUAGCCGGCGACGGCCAAAUGAAGCAAGAGGAUGGCUUUUCUUGGGUGCAAACGGAAGAAGAAUUGGAAGUUGUGAUUCCACUUCCAGUGAAGACCCAGUCGAAAGACGUCAAUGUUGUAUUUCGACCUGAAUCUCUCAAAGCUACAUCCUUUGGCAAAGACCUUGUUAUGGUGCCAUUGUUUGAGCGAGUCGAUGUCGAUGGUUGUACAUGGACGCUGGAAUCGAAUGAUGAGUGCAGAAAGCUGGUAGUUACUAUGGAGAAGGUCGAAUCCGCUUUCUGGCCGCGCAUCAAAGAUUAG